UGAAUGUGUGUACUGGAAAUUCGGUGUACGUUUCAUUGGCUCCACAAUACCUUCUUCAGCUAAUGCUCUUGUGGAAUAGAUUGAUCUGUGUUGCUUCCUUUUCCUCGGACCUCUACAUAAUAAGGAUACUCUUAUGUGUUGCUGAUUUUGGCUCUUCUUAGUAGCCAUGUUAAACAAGUUGUUCAGUCAGUUCAGCGUGGGUCUAAAGAAGGUGUUUCAGUCAGUGUGGACUUUAUGAAUGCAGUCUUACGGUGCAUAUCUGAACUUUCCCUGUUACUGUUUUUUUCAAUCUUUAGUCAAUUUUAGUCUUGUUUGGGCUAAACUUUAGAAUCCCCGAUCGGAAAUGACGCAGUUUGAUCGCAUUCAACUAUAAAUCCAUUGAACAGUGGUGCUUGGUUAGUCAACCGAUGACCUUUUUUUGGGGUUUGAUCGGGGAUUGUAAACUCGUUCCCUUGUUUGUUCCCUGUCUGUUUGUUAUAAAACAGCAUGAGGAAAGCAAAUUAUACAAUUCGUUCCGAUCCAAGUCAAGUGCAGACAUGUCUUCACAAAAAUAAAAAAUCACUGUAAUGGAAAGACUUGUUUCUCAUAAGCCCUGUGGCGAUUUACGAGAUAUUACACAAAAUGGCGGUAUCAUACUGUUAGUUUAUGUUUCCAUGGUUAUGAAUUGUUACAGCAUAUAUCCAAUCAGUGAAAGGUAAUUGCAUUCAAUGACAAGUCUGUGACAAGUCUUGUGUUGCAUAAGUGAUGAUUAUAGUAUCAUUUCACUGCACAAGAGGAAUACAAUAGGACGAUUGAGCAUCUCUCUGAACAACAGUUCCAGGUUGAGUUGCUGCAUUUUGAGUUGCCUCAUGUUGCUACAUGUCGGUGUUAAUUUUAACCUGUCACCAAAAUUUGAAUAAUCUUUUGAAACUCUCUGAGGCUACAGCUUAUCCAAACUGGCCAAUCCUCAAUCAAUGAGAUGAGUUUCUGCCGUGGUGUGUGUCAGGUUAAAUUUUAGGACGAUUUGUAAAAAAACUUGCGAAAAACGAUAACUAUACCAAAUAUCUUGUAUUUGGAACAAUCACGAUUGGACAUUUUAUUUACGUAAGGAGCAAUCAGUGGAGUAUUUAUAGCCACAAGUUUUCCAGAUCCAAUCUAUGUCUGUCCUUUUGUCAGUGCGCUAUUGAUUUGAACUCGCUGACUCAUUUAUUCUGUGAACUCUUGAGCGAGUACAAUUGUAUAGGCCCUGUGCCUAUGCUGGACUUGAUGAGUGAUAAAGUAGUCAUUGAUAGGAUAAUCUGUAUCAGGAGUAAACGUUUUGAUGUGCAGUUGUGCCUCUUUGGAUUCUACGAUUGAAAUGACAAUGUCUUUGAGCGGUGAGAAGAAUGUCGGCCAUGGCUCACCAGGAGGAGUUGAGCAGUGACGUCCUGUUCACGGAUGACGACCCAGGACACACUGUCGAUAACGAGUCAAUCUAUUCACAGCCGUCAACGACAUACUCAUCGAUAUCACGCGAAGUUACCUUCGACCCGCGAAGCAGACAGCCAAUCUAUCGCCAGUAUUCAGAACCGAUUGCAGACUUGAACGGAAGUCGCAACUCCAGCCCCGGUCAGACGUACAAUCUGGACGAUUUUAUGCCGAAGGAUUCAACAUAUCAACGUUAUAAAGCACGUGCAAACACAUACUCCGAGGACACUCUGCGCCGGUCAAAGCGGCGUCCGAAACCUAUCGAAUAUUAUUCUGAUAACUACACUGUGCCAAAUAAACCUAAGCCUGCACCUCGGCACAAAACAUGGACUCCACCCACGAAGGAUAAUAUGGGCGCUGGCGCCAGUUUUCAAGAUUCUCGUCAUUUCCAUAGCAACGGUCAGUUAGAUGUUGAUGACGGUGCCUCACAUAUCUGCGAACAUUCAGACAUCACAGGUCCAGCCCGGCUACCUCCAGCUAGCGGCAUGUUAAGCAAGCGUCGACCCUUUUGGACGUCCAUGCCAGUGCUUGUAAAGAAGAACCAGAAGAAGGUUGUGCUUCGGCCACUGGCAUUCCGCCCUGUAAUACCAAAGUCUGUUUCGACAUCGACAAAUCAACCGUCCCAGAUGACCGAUGGUGGAACUAGUCUUAGCGAUGAAGGAUACAGUUCAAAUGAAUAUCGCUGCGGGAUGAGACCUCCGAGUACCGGUUCACACAAUCCGUACGGACAUGUUCGGCGGGAUAGUAACAAAUCAAAGCUGUCACUUGACGGCGAGGGUAAUCCUAGACUUUGUGAUCGCCCAGAGUCAUUUAAUUCUUCCAAUCAUAGUCGUAUGUCCUCCAAUCAGACGGAAGGAUUCCUUCAGACUCCGUCGCCCAGCGAUAGCGGGGUCAGCGAACUGGAGGCGGUGCUACGCGAAAAGGACGCUGAAAUUUUACACCUGAGAGAAACGAUGGAGCAGAACGAGCGAGCCAUCAUUCAGGUUUAUGAGGACAAAAAAAUGGAUUGGCAUUUACGUAUGGAGAAUUUACGGCGCAAGUGUGAUGAUGAUUUGAAAUCAUCCCACCAGAAGGCGGGAAAGACUGAGCAGUCGUUGUUACUGCAGAUGUUUAAGUUGCAGCAGGAGCGAAAGCAGCUGCAGGAGGAUAAUGAUAAACUCUUAGAGGAGAACGGGUGUCUGGAGAAUAAGUGUGAGACGUAUGAGAAGGAUUUAGUGGAGAGUAAAUCAAAGUUAGAGGAAACAAAAUGGACGCUGCAGCAGAAAUCGGGCGAGAUUUCGUUGCUGAAAUCACAACUCAAGGAAGCUAAGGAGGAUCUGUCUGGGAAACAGAAUGAAACAUUGGUGCUCAAAACACAGGUGAAGGACUAUCAGGAAGCUCUGGAGAAUAAGAAUAGAGACAUUCAGAGCUUAGAAAAGGAGGUUUUUAGUAGUCACAAACAAUUACGUCAGUCGACGGAGGCUUUAGACAAAUUGUGCUCGGAUAUUAAGCCACAUCGGUCAAUUCAGGAGGGGGCAAGUCAGACUGAUUCUUGUGUUUUGGAUAAAUCAGAAAAAGACAAAGGUUUAUUAAAGCGUUAUGAGGCUCUAAAAACUGAGAAGGAAGAACAGGAAGUCAUAUUUGAACACGAGAAAAAUCAGUGGUUAGAUGAGAAAAAUAAGGUCAUAUGUUAUCAGAAACAAUUGCAAUUGAAUUAUGUUCAGAUGUACAGGAAGAAUAAGAUGUUAGAGACUGAAGUUGAACAGUUGAUGUUGGACUUGGAGAGACGGGAUAUGAAAUAUGGUGAGGACACUGUGUGAUGGGAUGACAAUGAAGGUCCGCACUUUUGUUUUUGUGUACACAUUUGGGACAAUCUGAGAAGGUUUAUGCGCUGCAGCAUACAUUUGACAUGAGGCUUCCGAUUAUCCUGUGUUUAAUAACUAUACAAUAGGGAAGUAUUUUGAUAUACAAUGUAUUUUCAUUCAACAUCAGGCAGCAUUAUAUGACGACCAUUUUCACUUACUGUCCUUAUAGCAAUAAAGAUACGAGUCCAAAAUUUGAAGUUGGUACCGAACAGGAGGCAUUGGUUGUCUCACCAAACGCUACAAGGGUAGGCCAAAACCAAGUUGACUUGACGAGGUGACUUGGAUGAAAUGACAGUGUCACCUGAGCGGUGUUUGGUCCAGUACCAACAGUGAAGUAUCAACAUGUGACCACGCAAACAUCGCCCAGUUCACAGUAAUAUUGUUCUGUAGAGAAAGUCAGUUAUAUGUCAAUUUGUAAAUACAACAAUUGUAUUGAUACUGUCUUUAAGUACAGAAAUUAUGUUUGCUUUAUAUUUCCUGUGUACAUUAUAGGUUAGGUAAAUUUAUAUGAUGUACAGUUUUGUGGAAAAUUACGAUAUUGUGGCAACGUUUCAGCUGAGCGCUCUUGCUUCGAGUAAUAUAUCACGGUGCUGAAGAGACUGCUGGGAAUUUGUGCAGAGACCUCUACAAGAGGAAAUUGGUACUGAUCAAAUGUGAUUGUGCACUCCGAGAGAAGAUUUUGUGGGACAUAAUUCUUUCUCUACACAAUGGCCUUCAAGGCCAUAGAGCAUUGCUGAUCAUGCAAUGACUGCAAAGUAUGCUAUUCUGCGUUUAGUUUAGUUGUCCUCCAAGACCUGCUUUUGAAGCUAUUCCGUUUCAUGCAGUAUUUUAUAUCAUGAAGGCAACUGAUUUGUAUAGACCUUUUAAAAUUACAAACUUCUGGGGUCAAACCGCAGAAUCGUUAUUGGUAUAAGUAUUCUGUAGAUGUAGUUGCAAGAGUCUUCAUCAUUAAGUAACUAGUCUAGUGAAUGCAUUCUUAUAUCCAUGUGCAUUAUUUUGAAUUGAUUAUUUUUCUGUAAGAAGAGCGCUGAAUGUAUUUGGGGAAACUGCAUAUUCGUUAUUCUCGGUAUGUUUGUAGGAACUUAAACAAUCACUGGUACAAUUGUGUACUCCCAUUGCCAUGGCCACUUGUAUAAGGGGUCAGCAUAUUAUUUUGUAAAGUUGUAUUUGCAUGAAAUACGAAUAUUAUUAUCACUUAUA